UCCGCUCCACUCCUCCAAAGCGCUCGCCAUGGUCUUCAUCGAGAACUGGGACGAUUUCCAAAAGGCCGUCGUCGACCUCUACCAGGUUGCCCCGGACAGGACCAGAUAUCUGGCGAAAUACCGGCAUUGCGAGGGCAAGCUCGAACUCAAGGUCACCGAUGGCCCUGUCUGUCUGAAAUACAAGACGGAUCGGUCCCAAGAUCUGAAGAAGUUCGAGCGGCUGAACCGCAUCCUGAUGUCCAAGAUGCAACAGCGAAAGGAAGUUGAUGCGAUGCAGGUGGACGACAACAUCAUUCCAGCGGAACAAGCGGCACCAAUGGCACCAGUGGCGACAACGGCCUCCCUCCCAGCACCAUCCGCUCCGGCCCCAUCAAAGCCUCAGGCGUCGACCUCCGCCAAGCAGACACCGACAGGAUCGGCUGGCGGACGGAAAGGCAAAAAAAAGAGCCACCGAUAAGCCUGCGUGCUGUGACAUAUUGCACAAUGGCGGUGACACCACCACCACGACCAUCACCGUCACCGUCGCAACUACCACUUUCUUUCCCCCCCCCCUCGGCCCGUCGGUGGUAUUUCCUGUCGCCUGCAACGCCAGCAGCCACCAUCGACAUCUGUGCGUGCUAUUGGGUCAACCUGGAGAUGAAUACAGACAAAUGCAUGCCAUGCAUUUGGAACCUA